AUGUACAACCGGACGGCGAGAACGACCUUACAGGGCCUUGGUAGGCUCAGUCGAUCCACACCGACGAGCUCGGCUUGGGCUGGAAGGUGCUUUAGCACCACUCCUCACCACUGUGUGCCAGUUCUCUUCCGGGAGACAGGAAACGAAAAAUUGGACAAAAUUCUCAAUGAAAUCCAAGAAAAGAUCAUCCUCCCAGCUCGGCUGCCCCCGAAGAAGCGAGCCGUCGUCUUCGACCCCAAUAGGCGUUCCUACCUCGAGCAGAACCCGAUUGUCAUCGAGGUGGAGGGGCUGGAACACAACUUCACAACAAUCGACAAACAUCAUGAUAUCCCCAAACCCGGCAAGAUCUUUUUCGCCGCCCUGGAUGAAAUGGAAACAGCACGCGAUUGGCGCAACCUGGCCACGAUGCUCGCCGGCUACAAGAGUGGCAACAUCAAGCUCCCAGCACGGUUCCAGGGCAAGAUUGCCCGGAUAGCUGCGAAGAAGGGCUUCGCAAACAUCCUCAUCGAGUGCGCCAAUGAGGCGGACAAGACUGGUUUCUAUAUUCGCAACAAGGAGCUCCUGAGCCACAUCCUCACCGACAUCACCACCAAGGUCACUGCUGCUGGAGGCGACUGGGAGCAGAUUCAGAAACUUGUGAAGAGUAUUGACUCCCUUUUGGAUAUUCUUCAGCGUCCUUCACACCGAGAAGACGUCAGCAACCUGCGCGACAGAUUACACUACUCAUUGACUGCUCGUGGUCAGAUUCUCCUGGCCCGGUCCGCUCUUGUCAAGGCGAAACACGAGGCUGGAGAGCCGGUUGAGAAGGAACUCGACCUCCUCCUGGAGGACAUCAAAGCAUUCAUCUCGCUGUGGGAACCUCUCCUGGAACAACAGGUCGCGGACAUUCCCGAGUUUGCUGAAUUGCUACCCCGCACAGAGAAGACAAGGAGAGAGGCACCUCCUAGAUUAGCCCCAUAUGCCUACGUUGCGUCGCUCGCACGCAACGUCAAGGGAAUCCGGGCAGCUCACCACACAGCCAAGCAGCACCCGGAAUUCAAGUCUAUCGACGACAAGCUCGACUCGGUACUGCUCCCUGUUGCAAAUGCCAUUGACUCGCAUGUCGCCGGGUUUAUCAGUACCUCCCCCAAGCGCUCUGAAUUGGCAGAAGCAUACAAGGCCGUGGUCGGUGAUGAACCAAAGAAUGCUUCAUGA